AUGGAACUUUACAAUGGCGGUUCGUCUGCUCCUCGUAAUCCUUACCCAGGAGCUGCACCCCCACAUAUAAAGGGGAAUCAACGACCAAGCGGUCCCGCUAUGACAAGUCCAGCAGGAGCAAUUUCAGGCGCUCCUUAUAGAGGUGGAGCUGGUUGGACACAAGGAUACGCGCCGGCACAGCAAGCUUACAGAUAUUCAGCACCAUUAGCAGCACAACCAGCUUAUGCAUACACGCAACAUACGACAACAACGUCACAAACAUCUCUGAAAUGUUAUCAGAAGCCAAGAUAUUCACUCAGCAGAAAUUGUGCAACGUUGACGAGAAAGAAGUUCUUUGAUUUGACGGGAAAUCAAAAUGGAAACAUCAUUAACAUGACAACGAACAACACCACGUCGCUUUAUCGUGUCUUCAAUGUUCUUGAACAGUUUACAGCCGUUGGAAUGUUUCCAUGA